CUAUUUAAGAGGAGCUGGCUGGGAGCUGUCACCCUGGUGGUGGCAUCAGACCGCUCUCAGGCAGGGAGACCUCAGGGCCUUCCCCACCACCCACGUUGUCCAUGGAUUUUGUUGCUGGAGCCAUUGGAGGGCUUAUUGCGAAAGACUGUUCCAGACAAAUAUCUGACCCAUCGGGAAACAGGCUCAGAACGGGCUCCGGCUCCUCCCAGCCACCCACCCAGCAGGCUUGGGCUAUUUUGGGUGUCUGUGGCGUUGCUGUGGGCUACCCCCUGGACACAGUGAAGGUCAGGAUCCAGACGGAGCCCAAGCACACGGGCAUCUGGUGCUGCGUCCGGGACAUAUAUCGCCGAGAGCGGGUGUGGGGCUUCUACAGGGGCCUCUCGCUGCCCGUGUGUACGGUGUCCUUGGUCUCCUCCGUGUCUUUCGGUACCUACCGCAACUGCCUCUCACACAUCUGCCGGUUCCGGUACGGCAGUGCCGAUGCCAAGCCCGCCAGGACCGACAUCACGCUCUCGGGAUUCGCCUCUGGCCUCGUCCGUGUGUUCCUGACAUCGCCCACCGAGGUGGCCAAGGUCCGCCUGCAGACGCAGACGCAGACACAGACACAGCAGCGGCGAUCCUCGGCCUCCUGGCCCUCUGCUGUACCCCCCCGGUGUCCCGGGCCCCCCGCAAGUCUAGCGCCUGGGCCCAAGUACCGCGGGCCGCUGCACUGCCUGACCACAGUGGCCCGUGAGGAGGGGCUGCGGGGCCUCUACAAGGGCAGCUCGGCUCUGCUCUUCAGGGACAGCCACUCCUUUGCCACCUACUUUCUCUCUUACUCCAUCCUCUGCGAGUGGCUCACCCCCACUGGCCACAGCCAGCCAGAUGUGUUGGGUGUGCUGGUGGCCGGUGGCUGUGCAGGGGUCUUGGCCUGGGCAGUGGCCACCCCCAUGGACGUGAUCAAGUCGCGCCUGCAGGCGGACGGGCAGGGCCAGCGGCGCUACCGGGGCCUCCUGCACUGUGUGGUGACCAGUGUUCGGGAGGAGGGACCGAGGGUCCUCUUCAAGGGACUGGUGCUCAACUGCUGCCGCGCCUUCCCCGUCAACAUGGUGGUCUUUGUUGCCUACGAAGCCGCGCUGAGGCUCGCCCAGGGCCUGCUCAAGUAGCUGGUCCCACGGACCCAGGGUUCAACCCGCAAGCAGCUUCCAGAGGUCGUAGUAGCUAGAGGCAAAGGGGAGUGUCCCCACUGAGCUGUCACCCAGGACAGCUGGGAGCCCCUCCGCAGCCAGUCAGCCGGGCCCUGGCCUGUGCCUGCUCAACUGCAGACCAGGGAAGGGUCAAGGGGUCCCUCUGCUACCAGCCCAGGGUUGCCCCGAGGGUCACAUGAGCAGGGGGAGUGGCCACUUGGAUGAGGACAUCGUAACAUGGAGUCAUUGGUGCAUGUGGUCAGUCGUCAUUCCAGCCUCCCCGGGGGCCUCUCCCCGCCAUGCAUGUCUUCAGAGCACCCAAACCACCAUCCAUUUACUCAGCUGUCCGCCACCCCCACACCCCCACUCAGCUCUCCACUGCUAUUUAGUGCACUCUUCAGGCAUAGUCCCUCCGGUGCAGCUCAAUUGGUCCCCACCAGACGGGACCGAGGAGCAGCAGUCUGGUUCCAUGCCUGCUCGUUCUGAAACCAGGCCGCUCAGAGAGCUGGGCCGGCGUGGCGGGCGGGUGUGCGGGCCGGUCACGCACCCCACUCUGCCUGUAGACUCCGUGGGAUGUGGCUGCCGAUGAAACGUUUCUGAGAGUGUUCAGUCGUGCUGCUCUGUGGUCUGUGGGGCUGGUGACCCGUGUCCCCACCCGGGUCAUCCUCAGGGGCCAAGCCCUCCACAUGUGUGACCAGCGUUCUCACUGGGCAGACGGGCACCCAAGGCCCAGCCCAGCACUCUGGCCGGCUCUACUCUCCCGGCCUUUGGGGCUGGGGGCCCGGCCUGUGCACUGAGCCCGGCCACAGGGGCUGUUCAGCAUUCACCGUGAUGCUGGCUGUCCUCGCCGCCCCAUGCCAAAUCAACCCCUUUUGAGCGAAGCUAGAUUCCAGGCAGUUUGAGCCAGCUGCCUGGCCCCACCACUGCCUGGACACCGGGCUGCGAGCUGCCUUUCCUGGGGGCCUGGAGGAAGGAGGGGUUGGUGCAUCCUGAGCAAUGCUGGGUACCAGGCACCUCACACAGGUUAUCAGAACAGCCUGAUGCCAGGUGAGGAAAUAGCUCAGAGGGAGCAGGGCCACUGAAGGCCACACAGCAGGGAGGGUAGGGGGACUUGAGCCUGCACGUCUGAGGCCCCAGCCCACUUCCUGGCACCACAUGCCUUCCAGUGAUGGGGACUAUCGGGGGUCAGGGCUCGCAGAUGCAGCACAGACCUGCUGGGCCCCCACAGCAGCAGCCCCCUAGUAAAGCCAGCCCACACCUGCCUCCACUACGCUCGCAGACACGGGCCUGGACCGUGUCCUCGGAUAGAAGAACCUCCAAUGUUCCGGCCAAACUCAUUCCUAUUCCCAGAACGUGUGGGAGGACCCUCCCCUCCGGCCUGCUCCUGUCAUACCGCUCCAGGUACUCGAUCACACCUGGUGCUCUCUUCAGGAAUGCCCUCCCUGCUCCUCUGACUGGCUCUCUCCCCACCCCAGGCAUCACCUCCUCCAGGAAGCUCACCCUGCCUGACCACCAGGCUACUUUCAGGUGUCUCUUGCUCUGUUCCCACGGGGCCCUGGUUUGUCAUGUGACCACUCUCCUCCUCCCCCUGGGACUCCUCAUCCCUGCCCCCUGAGACUGUGAGCUGCUCAAGGGCCGCACAUGUCUGAUUUGGAAUACGUUCAGCUCAGGGCCUGGCACGCGGCGGGUGCUCAGGGAGUGUGGAAUGAAUGAGUGGAUGAGUGAAUGAAGUCCUGCAGUAUUUCUUGGAAGUUCAUCCAGGUUACAGAUGCUAAGACGCUCUGGCCAGGUGCUGGGGAAAGGGUGUCAGCUAAUAAAAGUUUUCAAUCAUUCGUCAA